AUGGACAAAUCUAUGGUCCUCAAUUUGAUAGUGUUUACCAUUUUGAUAACGUUACUGUGCCCAAAGACAGACUGCUAUUGGCCGCCACGUCGCCCCACGCCCACUGAAGAUCCCUUUACAUCAUUUUGUAACACCAAGUUUCAAUUGGCAGAUCGUGCUUGUGCACUUGUAACUUUCAGUUCGGCCGGGUGGUCCCACUACCAUCACCGCCACAGACACCACCACGGCCAUGGACACCACCACCACCACAACCACCAUGACAACCAAGAAGUACACCAACAUUUGAUGCAUACCGAAACAGAAAAUGCUCGGGUGGAGGAAGAAUGUUGCCGAUGGUUAAAGGAAGUGGAUAACGAUUGCGCGUGCAGUGUGUUCGUUCAUCUGCCCACAUUUCUCGCUAAACCUCCACACAAUUAUUCUCUUGUGGUUAACGACGAGUGCGAAGUUUCAUUUCAUUGCAGUCCGAGGUUGGCCUAG